AUGGACACUCUUUUUAAUUCUUCGGAAACUAAUCCUAGAGGAAUACCAAAGGCUCCAUUUGUGGAGAAUGUUGAAGACUUCGUUAAAGAACCAAGCGAUUUCGAAUUAUGCUUCAAUAAGUUUCAGGAAAGACUAAGCAAAUACAAGUAUAUGCAAGAAUCAAAGCUUUCUACGAUUAGUCAAUUGAAGUCUAAGAUACCUGAUAUUGAAAAUGCAUUAAAAAUGUGUAAAUUAAUGAAGUUGAAACAGGGUGGUGAAACUGAAUCUUUGAAAGUUAACUACCAAUUGGAUGAGACCCUAUAUACGAAAGCUGCUAUUGAUGUUUCUGAGGACCUAAAGGUGGGCCUUUGGAUGGGUGCUGAUGUAAUGCUAGAAUAUCCAAUUGACGAAGCAGUGGAAUUGCUCUCUGAAAAGUUGGAAGCAGCUAAGGAUUCAUUAAAAAUAGCGAAUGAAGAUGUGGAAUUCUUGAGAGAAAACGUCACCACUAUGGAAGUUAACUGUGCAAGGCUAUAUAACUGGGAUGUAGAAAGGAGACAGGCUUUGAAAGUUGCACAAAAGGGCACUGAGGAUCUAAAGAUAUAG